CACAACUGUACCACCAUCGCCUUUCCUUGAAUAAUAAUAACAAUGCCAACCAAACGCUUCCUUCAACCCUGGACGACUAUUCUCUCCGAGACGUCGUCGUUUUACUGGCCUUCCGAGUUCUGGCAUGUUUCCGUUAUUGAGUCAACCCAAUUCUUAAUCCGCCUUCUUUGACUGAGUCAAGCCUCCGAGUCACCCAACUUGACCCCUCAAUUCAUUUCUUCUCUCUUCACAAUUGCAAUCUUGAGUAUUGCUCUAAUUGAAAAGUUCCAACCCCACUAAUCAAUCUAGAAUUCAUCUGAUCUAAGUUGAGCAUCUUUCUGUUUUCUAGGGUUUUCUACAGUGGUUUUGGGACUGAGGUUUUAAGUACAGAUGAUGAUAUCAAGGGGGCUAUUUGGGUGGUCGCCGCCGCACAUACAGCCUUUGACGCCGGUGUCGGAGGUGUCUGAGCCACCGGAAUCUCCGUCACCGUACCUGGACGCGAGCGCUGUGGAUGCCAUGCCGGUCGAGGUGGAGGACGAGAUCGAUGCCGAGGCAGAUGAGAUCGAGCCGCCACCAGGCGCUGUACCCUUCUCCCAACUGUUUGUCUGUGCUGACCGGCUCGACUGGGGUCUGAUGGUAGUUGGAUCUCUUGCUGCCGCCGCCCAUGGCACUGCCCUCGUUGUUUACUUGCAUUAUUUCGCCAAAAUCAUUCAGCUUCUUCGCCAUGACUCCGACCCACCUGACAAGCUCUUUGACGAGUUCACUGAGCUUGCUUUAACAAUUGUUUACAUUGCCGUGGGAGUUUUUGUUGCUGGUUGGAUUGAGGUAUCAUGCUGGAUUCUUACUGGAGAAAGGCAGACUGCAGUGAUCAGGUCAAGAUAUGUACAAGUACUACUUAAUCAAGACAUGAGCUUUUUUGAUACUUAUGGCAACAAUGGAGACAUUGUGAGCCAAGUGCUGAGUGAUGUGCUGCUCAUUCAAUCCGCUCUUAGUGAAAAAGUUGGUAACUAUAUUCAUAAUAUGGCUACUUUCAUCAGUGGUCUGGUGAUUGGAUUUGUCAACUGUUGGCAGAUUGCCCUUAUAACUUUAGCUACAGGUCCAUUCAUUGUUGCUGCAGGAGGAAUAUCAAAUAUAUUUCUGCAUAGACUUGCGGAGAAUAUCCAAGAUGCAUAUGCUGAAGCAGCAAGUAUUGCAGAGCAGGCAGUGUCUUAUAUUAGAACGUUAUAUGCAUUUACGAACGAGACAUUGGCAAAAUAUUCUUAUGCAACUUCACUUCAAGCUACUCUGAGAUAUGGUAUAUUAAUAAGUCUCGUGCAAGGACUUGGACUCGGUUUCACUUAUGGGCUUGCAAUCUGUUCUUGUGCCUUACAACUUUGGGUUGGAAGGUUCCUAGUUAUACAUGGAAAAGCUCAUGGGGGAGAAAUUGUAACAGCACUAUUCGCUGUUAUUUUGAGUGGCCUUGGGCUGAAUCAAGCAGCAACAAAUUUCUAUUCUUUUGAGCAAGGGAGAAUUGCUGCUUAUAGACUGUUUGAGAUGAUAAGUCGUUCAUCCUCCACUGCCAAUCAUGAUGGUGUCACCCUUGGUUUCGUACAAGGAAACAUAGAGUUUCGAAAUGUUUAUUUCAGCUAUCUCUCCCGUCCUGAGAUUCCUAUAUUGAGUGGGUUUUACCUCACUGUACCAGCUAAAAAGGCUGUCGCACUUGUUGGCAGAAAUGGCUCUGGUAAAAGUAGUAUUAUACCGCUUAUGGAACGGUUUUAUGAUCCGACAUUAGGUGAAGUUCUUUUGGAUGGUGAAAAUAUAAAAAAUCUGAAGCUGGAGUGGCUAAGAAGCCAAAUUGGUUUAGUCACCCAGGAACCUGCUUUAUUAAGUUUGAGUGUCAAAGAAAACAUUGCUUAUGGACGAAAUGCUUCUUUAGACCAAAUUGAAGAAGCUGCAAAAAUUGCACAUGCACAUACAUUUAUCAGUUCGCUGGAUAAUGGAUAUAAUACUCAGAUUGGUAGGGCCGGUUUAGCAAUGACGGAGGAGCAGAAAAUUAAACUUUCUGUUGCUAGAGCUGUGCUUUCUAAUCCAUCUAUCCUACUGCUAGAUGAGGUUACUGGUGGACUUGAUUUUGAAGCUGAACGAGCUGUUCAGGAGACGCUGGAUCUUCUCAUGUUAGGCAGAUCAACAAUAAUAAUUGCUAGACGGCUUAGUCUGAUUAAGAAUGCUGAUUACAUUGCUGUAAUGGAAGAAGGCCAACUCGUUGAAAUGGGGACACAUGAUGAACUAAUAAACUUGGAUGGCCUUUAUGCUGAGCUUCUCAAAAAUGAAGAAGCUGCAAAACUUCCACGGAGGAUGCCAGUGAGGAACUACAAGGAUACUGCUACUUUCCAGAUUGAAAAAGAUUCUUCCGCAAGUCACAGCUUCCAAGAGCCAUCAUCUCCUAAAAUGGCCAAGUCACCAUCUCUUCAGAGGGUAUCCGGCUUCCAUGUGUUUAGGCCAGCUGAUGUUACAUUUGACUCACAAACAUCUCCAAGGGUUCAGAGCCCUCCGUCAGAACAAAUAAUUGAAAAUGGUGUUUCCUUGGAUUCAACAGAUAAAGAACCAUCUAUCAAAAGGCAGGAUAGUUUUGAAAUGAGACUUCCAGAGCUACCCAAGAUUGAUGUUCACCCUUCACAUCAACAAAUGAACAAUGCGUCAGAUCCUGAAUCUCCUGUCUCACCACUUUUGACAUCUGAUCCAAAAAAUGAACGUUCUCAUUCUCAAACAUUCAGUCGACCCCUUGGUCAAUUUGAUGAUGUGCCAAUGAGAGCAAAAGAAACCAAGGACAAACAUCCUCGAGGAGAGCCAUCCUUUUGGAGGCUUGUAGAGCUUAGCCUUGCAGAGUGGCUUUAUGCUGUUUUGGGAAGCACUGGUGCAGCAAUUUUUGGCUCUUUUAAUCCCGUGCUCGCUUAUGUUAUCUCACUCAUAGUAACAGCAUAUUAUAGAACUGAUGAAAAACAUCACUUACGCCAAGAAGUAGACAGGUGGUGCUUAAUCAUUGCUGGCAUGGGAAUUGUAACAGUCAUUGCCAACUUUUUGCAGCACUUCUAUUUUGGCAUAAUGGGGGAAAAAAUGACCGAACGUGUUCGGAGAAUGAUGUUUUCAGCAAUGCUUCGCAAUGAAGUUGGAUGGUUUGACGAUGAAGAGAAUAGUGCUGAUAACUUGUCCAUGCGCUUGGCAAAUGAUGCUACUUUUGUUAGAGCUGCUUUUAGCAACCGGCUAUCCAUAUUUAUACAAGACACUGCAGCUGUUAUGGUGGCUGUUCUCAUUGGGAUGUUACUGCAGUGGCGGUUGGCACUUGUGGCCUUGGCUACUCUGCCUGUUCUUACUGUUUCUGCAAUAGCCCAGAAAUUGUGGCUUGCUGGAUUUUCAAAGGGCAUUCAGGAGAUGCAUAGGAAGGCCUCUUUGGUCCUUGAGGAUGCAGUUAGAAAUAUUUAUACUGUUGUAGCAUUUUGUGCCGGUAACAAGGUAAUGGAGCUCUACAGGUUGCAGCUUCGACAAAUAUUCAAGAAAAGCUUUCUCCAUGGACUUGCAAUUGGCUUUGCAUUUGGCUUUUCCCAGUUUCUUCUUUUUGCUUGCAAUGCUCUUCUGCUUUGGUAUACUGCCCUUUCUGUCAAAAAUGGGUAUAUGAAUUUGGCUACAGCUCUGAAGGAAUACAUGGUUUUCUCUUUUGCUACAUUCGCACUGGUUGAGCCUUUUGGUUUAGCACCAUAUAUUCUCAAGAGAAGAAAAUCUUUGACGUCAGUUUUUGAAAUAAUUGAUCGAGUGCCUAAGAUUGACCCAGAUGAUAAUUCAGCCUUGAAACCUCCCAAUGUUUAUGGAAGCAUUGAGUUAAAAAAUGUUGAUUUUUCUUAUCCAACUCGGCCAGAAAAUCAUUUUAUUAGCAGUUUGCCUCAUGGUUACGACACACAUGUCGGAAUGAGGGGCGUAGAUCUGACUCCAGGACAGAAGCAAAGAAUUGCAAUUGCCAGAGUGGUUUUGAAAAAUGCACCAAUUUUAUUAUUGGAUGAAGCCAGCUCGUCCAUCGAAUCCGAGUCAAGCCGGGUGGUGCAGGAAGCCCUUGACACUCUAGUAAUGGGGAACAAAACAACGAUUCUAAUUGCACACCGUGCUGCUAUGAUGAGGCAUGUAGACAAUAUUGUUGUACUUAAUGGUGGGCGAAUUGUGGAGGAAGGUACUCAUGAUACAUUAAUGGGCAAGAGUAGUUUGUAUGCCCGACUGAUGCAACCGCAAUUUGGGAAGGGCUUACGUCAGCAUAGACUUGUUUAGGUGGUGUCUAGUGGAUCUCUAGUGGUUGCAACGUGGCUCUCGUCUGGCCCUUGAGAAUGUGCCCAUCAUUUUUGGGAUGAAAUUCCGAAUUUGUGGGUACUGACUGAAUAAGAUGAACAAACAUGGACAAGGGGUAGGUAUCUGUACUUACCUUGCUGUGCUGGUGGCAGCAAUGCUCGUUGACUGAUAACUCUGGGUUGGUGCAUUUUAUCGUCAAUUGAAGUGUAGGGUUUGUAGAGUUUGAUUAACCAUUAUCGGGGUAGGCCUUUGGGAGGAUUGGAUGCAUAUUCUUUUGGAGGCAGGCAGAAUUAGUUUAGAACUUUGCCCUGUUUCUCCAUUAUAUAUUGAUUUGUUAAUUGUAGAGUUGGAUGAACCAGUGAUAGUGUUCAAUUAGGUGGAGGUUCAAACUAUAUUCCUUUUGUUUCAUUUUUGGGUGGUGUGUUUGCGUGUGGUCAGUCGGCCUUUUUUUUCCUUUACGUACCUUCAGGCUUUAUUCUUCCCUUUAGCUGCCGCCUUCACCAAUGUUUCAUCCUUGCGGGAAAAUGUAAAAAAACCUGAAAAUGAAGGCCGUCGAUGUAACUUUUUGUAUAUAAUGAGUUCAAAAGAUGUUAGCUAUUCUUUGCCUCA